AUGUCGACCAAGCUGGAUUCAAGUCUUGGAGCUUCGUUGAUUGGAUCGUACUUCGCUGCGAUAUUAUACGGUUUAACGGUCCUCCAAGCGUACCACUAUUUCUCGAGAUACUGGGGACGCGAUGAAGUUUAUAUUUAUUGCUUGGUUUUGUUCGUAACACUUCUGGAUACAUUAAAUCAAGGGAUGGUCAUGCACUCGGCAUGGUACACGAUCGUCGACAACUAUUGCAAUGUCUCUGCGCUUCUUGUUCCUUCAUGGACGGCAAAUUGGGCAGUAUGGGUCUCGGAAUUCAUCGCAUUUACAGUCCAAACUUUCUAUGCCUACCGUCUCUACAAGCUCAGCGGGAAGAAACUGUGGUGGCUUUCCGCUGUCAUUUUCGUUUUGAGCUUGACGACUCUGAUCAUCUACACCAUUGAAACUGUGUUGCUAUUCAAGCAUGGCACCUACGUCUACUUUAAGAAGGUUAAGUACAUGACGAUCAUGACCUUCGCGUUCAAUCUGGGCAACGACGUCCUCAUCACCUGCAGCAUGACACUCCUGCUCAUGAAGCACCGGCUGGUAGCUAAGAUGAAGCAGACGGAGAACCUCAUCCGUCGGCUCAUCUCAUUUACCAUUUAUUCUGGGGCUGUAACGACCCUGGUCACCAUGAUCUCGCUGAUUCUGGCCACAGCCCAUGGAAGCACAUCCUGGGACCUCAUCCUCGUUCUACCGCUCGCGAAGUUAUAUAUCAACUCGAUGCUCGCAUUUCUGAACUCGCGCGAUUCCCUGCGCGAGAAACAUAGCGACACUGCCAUCACGGUAAACUUCGCCACAGGGCAUAAUGCGCCUUCGCAAGCUUCACGAAACGAAACGGAGUCGACUAUCCCGGUCCCGGAAAGCUUCCACCUGACGACGAACGUCACGACCUACGCGGAACAGAAGCCAUGA